UUUUUAUUGCCGUCCGACUCUGACCGGAAGUUGCUCUCCAAGCUGGGAGCGCUCAGAGCGAGCCUUCUUGUAAGAAGCUGUAGUGUAAGAAGGGAACAGAAGAGAUGGCAGAAAUGCAGAUGGAUCAAGACCUGGCCAAGCGGCUCUUUUUUGAGGGUGCCACUGUUGUAAUUUUAAAUGUGCCUGAAGGAACAGAGUUUGGCAUUGACUACAACAGUUGGCAAGUGGGCCCCAAGUUCCGUGGGGUGAAGAUGAUACCCCCAGGUAUUCAUUUCAUUCACUACAGCUCUGUUGAUCAGAACAAUAGGAAAGAAAGUGGUCCUCGCACUGGCUUCUUUUUGAACCUGCAACAGCGUGAUCUAAGAGUGUUACAUUGGGACCGAGUGAAAGAAGAGGUGGAUCUCACCCCAGCACCUGAAAGUGAAACUGAAGCAAUGAGAGCCAAUCUCCAGGAGAUGGACAAAUUUCUAGGUCCUUACCCUUAUAGCACCCUUAAGAAGUGGAUCUCCCUCACAAAUUACAUUAAUGAAGAUGUGAUGCAAAAGCUACAGCCAGAAAGUGGACAAAUAUGUGCUUUUUCAGAGGUUCUGCCUGUUCUGGCUGGGAAAUAUACUAAAGAUCGGGUUGAACAGAACCUGCCCCGGUAUGACACAGAGUGCAAGAGUUAUGCAGAAGGUCUGGCGCGGCUGCCUCAAAUGCAACUGAAAGCUGGUACUGAGAUCAGAUUCACAGAAAUACCCAAGCAAAUGUACCCUGAAGGGGCUACACCUGAGGAAGUUACCAGGCAUAGCAUGGACUUAAGCUAUGCCUUAGAGACUGUGAUCAAUAAACAAUAUGCUAGCAAUUCCCAGGAUUUGCUUGGAGAGCUCCAGUUUGCCUUUAUCUGUUUCCUGAUUGGGAAUGUAUACGAUGCAUUUGAGCACUGGAAAAAACUCCUGAAUCUCUUAUGCAGGUCUGAAGAUGCCAUUGUGAAGCAUCAAGCCAUGUUCUCCAAUCUCAUUUCUGUCCUGUACCACCAACUCAGUGAAAUACCAGCUGACUUCUUUGUGGAUAUAGUGUCCCAAGAUAACUUUUUAACUAACACCUUACAGGUGUUCUUUUCCUAUACAUGUAGCCCUGCUGUUGACAGGAGUCUGACAAAGAAGGCAGAGCGCUUUAAAGCUCAUCUAACCAAGAAAUUCAAGUGGGACUUUGAGGCUGAGCCAGAGGACUGUGCCCCUGUAGUAGUAGAGCUACCAGAAGGAACUCUUGUGGAUUAAAUGAGAAUAACUGUCUGAUGAUUUUAAAA